AUGAGUAUCACACAUUAUCAACAUAAUACAAGUACAAAGUCAAAAGGCAUAAUAUUAGAUAUUCCCGUUGAAGUUUAUACAGAUAUUUGUAAAUACAUACCACCCAUUGAUCUUGUAACGCUUUCAUUAGUUUGUAAGAAAUUUCGUCGAUGGUUAAUUGCACCAUCCAAUUUUGGAACUGAACAAAUUUGGAGAACAUCAAGAACAAAUUUUUUAUCAUCAAUACGAACACCUCCACCUGGAAUUUCUGAACAAUGCUACACAAUUUUACAUUUAAUUGAAUUAGGUUGUCAGUUUUGUGGAGCUGGAAAGGUUGAUCCACGUGGAGAAUUGCCCACUGAAUCUCCAGUAAAAAUUUAUUGGACAUUUAGAGUUCGUAGUUGUCAUAAUUGCUUAAUGGAACGAGUCAUAACCAAAACAAAAAUUCAAGAGGAUGAAAGCGUUCUCGAUUUUGCACUCUCGGGACUUCCAUUUUUGGUGCGAAUUAAUCGACCAUACAUUUAUUGGAAAAAAGAUGUUGAAGAUGCACUUCGAGAAUUUGAAAGUAUGGAUAAAAAAGAUAUUUUUAAUUGGCAAGCAGAAAAUCUUCUCAAAUUGCGACAAAAAAAUUUGAUCACGUCAUAUUGUAAUAAUGUUGCUCGUAAUGAACCAUGGGAAAAAUACCAUAAGAAAGUUAAAUUGAGAACAGUAAUUCAACAAUUGUCAAUGAUUGUCCCAAAUGAUGCGAAAAGAAAAUUUCAAGAAGUGGAAGUGGAACUUCGUCGAUGUCCAACUUAUAAAAAAUAUGCUAUAUGUCCCAAGGCAGCUUCAGCAAUGAAAUUAGUUAACGAACAUCAUUGGAACAAAUUUCAAGAAAUAAUACAUCACGAAUAUAACGAAAGACGUGAAUAUGCUAUUUUAAGAGCUAGACAAUAUGAUUUAUUCUUAAAAGUUUAUUCUUUGAUUCCUUCAAAAUAUUCCAUGAAUGAUUCAAUUGUUCAAUAUCU